AUGAAGAAACUCUAUAAUACAAUGGAGAAACUCAGAAACAAUCCGGUACUUCUUCAACAGUACCACGAUACAAUUGAAUCAACUCGAAAAUCAAAUCAUCGAAGAAGUGGACUAACAGAACAUGGAGGAAGAAUCAUCCACUAUUUGGCACGCCAAGCCAUCUUGACACCACACAAGAACACCACGAAAUUGCGUGUGGUCUUUGACGCAUCCGCCCAUCAUGAAAAUUGCCCUUCCCUCAACGACAUGCUGAAUGAGGGCCCGAAGGUUUUAGGGAUACCAUGGAACACCGAAAGAGACGAGCUCACUCUAACCUGCACCUAUCCACCUAAAAAGACGUGUACGAAACGAUCAGUAUCAGAGCAAGUUGCUGCAGUCUAUGACCCACAUGGUUGGCUAACACCGUUAACCCUGAAAGGAAAGCAGUUUCUGCAACAACUAUGGAAAAAUGGAUAUGACUGGGAUACGAACCUAUCCAUCGAUCACCAACAGCAAUGGGAUGAAAUCGUCAGAAACGCAGGUUUUCAGCACAGAACGCCGAGAAAGAUCGCAGAAAUACACCAACCUCCACGUCUAGUGGUCUUCGCAGAUGCAAGCGCACAAUCUAUGGCAACAUGUGCAUACCUGGUAACUAAUAAUGUGGCUCAUCUUAUAGCUGGAAAGUCCAAGUUACCAGCCAUCAAAGGAAGCCCUACCAUUCCUAAACUGGAACUAAAUGCGUUAACAAUGGCGACCAGGCUAACCCUAUCCAUUUAUAAGGCUAUCAGAUCAAAGUCGACAAUCGAGAGUAUAGUAAUACUCUCGGAUUCCAAAGUCACUCUCAGCUGGAUAUCUAAGGUACAACCUGACAGGAAUGCAGUAGUCUUAGUACGGAACAGAACAAGGGAAAUUCAAGAAAUCGUGGAAACCCUCCCAGUACCAGUUUCGUUCGGUUAUGUGCCCACUUGUGAUAAUCCGGCCGAUUGCGGUACAAGAGGUGUAACAAAAUACGAGUUCGAAAACCACAUCUGGUGGACAGGACCAACAUUCAUUGCUACACCGACCGACGAGUGGUCUAACAAAAUAAGACUCAUGCGACUCCCAAUUGACUCAGAAGAAAACGACAGCGAUUGCUAUUAA